AUGGGUGUCUGGUCUGCUGAAAACGCUACCAAGGCUUAUCUAAAAACAAUGAAAAUGGGAAAAGGAGCAAAACAGCCGGAUGUAGCAGAGUUCAUCUCCGCACUGGCCGCCGGCAACACUGCACGCCUCAUUCUCGUUGCAUGUGCGGCAGCUGGAGCCGACUCCACCACACGAGCCCUGGUGGCCGCCGCCCAACAGACCGGCGGCCGCGUCGUCUCCGUUCUCAGCUCCGCCGAUGAGCUCCGCUCUUGCAGAACAUUUUUGGGCGAAGACGACGCAAAACACGUGGAGUUCAUCCUCGGAGACGUGGAGGCCCUACUGAGGAACCAAUACCGGGAAGCGGACUGCGUGGUCGUGGACUGCAACCUUAAGAACUCCGAAGCCAUACUAGAAACGGCGCGGCGGGUCGGAAAUCCCGGCGCCAUGGUUUUGGGGUACAACGCGCUUUGCAUGGCGUCGUCGUCGUCACGGCGGUGUCAGGGACUACUCAACGACGCUCAUUUGCUGCCUAUAGGAGAAGGUGUGUUAGUAGCCAGAAGCGGUGGUUCCGCCGGAAAGAGCAAGAGCCGGUGGAUUGUGACGGUGGAUGAGGCCACCGGGGAAGAACAUGUCUUCAGAGUCAGAUCACAUGGAAAUUAA